GUCCUGUAGUCAAGAAUUCCAGUGUGAAUUCAGCUCCAUCAUGGAAGAGCAUGGAAUCUUGGACUACUCCAUGGGAAGUAUAAAUAUCAGCUGGACAUUUUCACUCUUGGAGAAAAUGCCAACAUGUCCCAUCUUCCUAGAAAAGCCAUGAGUUCGUAGUAGGGAGACCACAGACUGAGCAGGAAAUAAAGGAGAUCUCCUGAGGUCAUCUGGUCCAUGCCACAGCUGAGAAAUGGUGAAAUGGAGGCCCAGAGAGAGGAACUGCUUUGUCCAAAGUCACAUGAUACAGCGACACAGGAUUGGCUAGAAAAUGAUCCGAGGCUAAAAUCUAGGCCGCCCAAUUUUAGAAAUUCUGCCCUGCAAGUGUGUCUUCAGCUGCUUUGGGACAGCUAUAUCAACACUAACUGAACUAUUCCUGUCUACUAAUUUUGUGCUGGUUUAAAAGCAUUUAAAGGAUAUGAAACACUUCUUGAAACAGAAUAACCUAUGACCAUCCUUGUAGAAAAUACUCAUUUGUGAUAGAAGUGCCACAUAGUCUUGAAGAAUAAAGAAAGUCAGAAAAUGAAUGACUAUUUUCCAGAAGACAGGUGUGAUGGCUGACCUGAUGUUUAAAAACAAGGCAGAAUCAAAAGGCUGAAAGUUGAAGGAAACAGGUUUCGUGGCAGCAGGAGGGAGUUAAGCCUCGGAUGUGCCCACCUCUUGGAACCGACAAUGGUGAAGUCCUUCCUGAUUCCAUCCCCUCAGCUCCUGGGACACUGCCUCAUUUCAUUGAGGAACCAGAUGAUGCGUAUAUCAUUAAGAGCAAUCCCAUUGCACUGAGGUGCAAAGCACGGCCAGCCAUGCAGAUAUUUUUCAAAUGCAAUGGCGAGUGGGUCCAUCAGGAUGAGCACGUCUCUGAGGAGAGCCUGGAUGAGAGUUCAGGCUUGAAGGUCCGGGAGGUGUUUAUCAACGUCACCAGGCAGCAGGUGGAGGAUUUCCAUGGGCCAGAGGAUUAUUGGUGCCAGUGUGUGGCGUGGAGCCACCUGGGGACCUCCAAGAGCAGGAAGGCCGCCGUGCGCAUAGCCUAUUUACGGAAAAACUUUGAACAAGAUCCACAGGGAAGGGAGGUUCCUAUUGAAGGCAUGAUUGUGCUGCACUGCCGCCCCCCGGAGGGGGUCCCAGCUGCUGAGGUAGAAUGGCUGAAAAAUGAAGAGCCCAUUGACUCUGAACAGGAUGAGAACAUUGACACGAGGGCUGACCACAAUCUCAUUAUCAGGCAGGCACGGCUCUCAGACUCAGGGAAUUAUACCUGCAUGGCAGCCAACAUCGUGGCCAAGAGGAGGAGUCUGUCUGCCACAGUGGUGGUUUAUGUGAAUGGAGGCUGGUCUUCCUGGACAGAGUGGUCAGCCUGCAAUGUUCGCUGUGGUAGAGGAUGGCAGAAACGUUCCCGGACCUGCACCAACCCAGCUCCUCUCAAUGGUGGGGCCUUUUGUGAGGGAAUGUCAGUGCAGAAAAUAACCUGCACUUCUCUCUGUCCUGUGGAUGGGAGCUGGGAAGUAUGGAGUGAAUGGUCGGUCUGCAGUCCAGAGUGUGAGCACUUGAGGAUCCGAGAGUGCACCGCCCCGCCCCCGCGAAACGGGGGCAAAUUCUGUGAAGGUCUAAGCCAAGAAUCCGAAAACUGCACAGAUGGACUCUGCAUUCUAGAUAAAAAACCUCUUCAUGAGAUAAAACCCCAAAGCAUUGAGAAUGCCAGCGACAUUGCUCUGUACUCGGGCUUGGGUGCUGCUGUCGUGGCCGUGGCGGUACUGGUCAUUGGCGUCACCCUGUAUAGACGGAGCCAGAGCGACUAUGGCGUGGACGUGAUUGACUCUUCUGCAUUGACAGGUGGCUUCCAGACCUUCAACUUCAAAACAGUCCGUCAAGGUAACUCCCUGCUCUUGAAUCCCUCCAUGCAACCAGACCUGACAGUGAGCCGAACAUACAGCGGGCCCAUCUGCCUCCAGGAUCCCCUGGACAAAGAACUCAUGACAGAAUCCUCGCUUUUUAACCCUUUGUCGGACAUCAAAGUCAAAGUCCAGAGCUCCUUCAUGGUUUCCCUCGGAGUGUCUGAAAGAGCUGAGUUCCAUGGCAAGAAUCAUUCCGGGACUUUCCCCCAUGGAAACAACCGCAGCUUUAGUACAAUGCACCCCAGAAAUAAAACACCCUACAUCCAAAACCUCUCAUCACUCCCCACAAGGACAGAACUGAGAACGACAGGUGUCUUUGGCCAUUUAGGAGGACGUUUAGUAAUGCCAAAUACAGGAGUGAGUUUGCUCAUACCACAUGGCGCCAUCCCGGAGGAGAACUCUUGGGAGAUUUAUAUGUCCAUCAACCAAGGUGAACCCAGCCUGCAGUCAGAUGGAUCCGAGGUGCUCCUGAGUCCUGAAGUCACCUGCGGUCCCCCAGAUAUGAUUGUCACCACUCCCUUUGCAUUGACCAUUCCACACUGUGCGGAUGUCAGUUCAGAGCACUGGAACAUACACUUAAAGAAGAGGACGCAGCAGGGCAAGUGGGAGGAAGUGAUGUCAGUGGAGGAUGAAUCCACAUCCUGUUACUGCCUUUUGGAUCCCUUUGCAUGCCAUGUGCUCCUCGACAGCUUUGGGACCUAUGCCCUCACUGGAGAACCAAUCACAGACUGUGCUGUAAAGCAACUCAAGGUGGCAGUCUUUGGCUGCAUGUCCUGUAACUCUCUGGAUUACAACUUGAGAGUGUACUGUGUGGACAAUACCCCCUGUGCAUUUCAGGAAGUGGUUUCAGAUGAAAGGCAUCAAGGUGGACAGUUACUGGAAGAACCAAAGUUGCUGCAUUUCAAAGGGAAUACUUUUAGUCUACAGAUCUCUGUCCUUGAUAUACCCCCAUUCCUCUGGAGAAUUAAACCAUUCACUGCAUGCCAGGAAGUCCCCUUCUCCCGCGUGUGGUGCAGCAACCGGCAGCCCCUGCACUGUGCCUUCUCCCUGGAGCGCUACACGCCCACCACCACCCAGCUGUCCUGCAAGAUCUGCAUCCGGCAGCUCAAAGGCCAUGAGCAGAUUCUUCAAGUGCAGACGUCAAUUCUAGAGGAAACAGCGGCUGAGAAGAGGUCAUACAGCAUCCAUGAUCACACGGAGCUAGGAAUGAGUGAAAGAGAAACUAUCACUUUCUUUGCACAAGAGGACAGCAGUUUUCCUGCCCAGACUGGCCCUAAAGCCUUCAAAAUUCCCUACUCCAUUAGACAACGAAUUUGUGCUACAUUUGAUACUCCCAAUGCCAAAGGCAAGGACUGGCAGAUGUUAGCACAGAAAAACAGCAUCAACAGGAAUUUAUCUUAUUUUGCUACACAAAGUAGCCCAUCUGCUGUCAUUUUGAACCUGUGGGAAGCUCGUCAUCAGCACGAUGGUGACCUUGACUCCCUGGCCUGUGCCCUUGAAGAGAUUGGGAGGACACACACAAAACUCUCGAACAUUACAGAAUCCCAGCUCGAUGAACCCGACUUCAACUAUAGCAGGCAAAACGGACUCUAGUCCACCUUGUCUCCUGAGAGUGACUGCCAGCUUCGGGACAUUUGCUUUAAAUGGGAAAGAAAGAGGCAGUUUUCUGCCGGAGGGAUUUGGGGAAUUCAGCCUUCAUUCACAAUCAGUGAGAACCCCUGGUUGAAGAAACUGCAUUUUAUAUAGGCAAAAUAUGUUAAUAGGGCAAAGUACAAGUUCUCUUAACUAUCAGAGGGCUCUACUGUCUCCUUUGAUGAAUCCACACUGGGGUUAACAUUUGAUGAAUUCCUCAGAUUUGAAGUGGCAAGGAAAAAGAGCAAGUCAUAGCUAGAUAGCAGUGACUGUGGGGAAAAUGAGCUACAAUAAAGCUGGGAAGGCAGAGAAUGAAGAAGUGCAUGUUUUGUAACAGGUUUUUAAUGAUGUGGCCCAAAGGGCCAGCUGAUUCUGUGACCAGAUUGUCAGUGUUUUCUACCAACUGGCAUCCGUGAUGUUGGCAAUCAUCAUAAAACUGGCUUUUAGAAGUGAGAUAUGGUUGCCAACUUAUUUGUGUAACUUCAACAACAUUAAGGAGAGCACUUAGAGUUUAGGAUCUGAGUACAUCACACCAGCACCAAUACCCUAUCUAUCCUAGCCACUCAAUGGAAAUAAGACUUAGAGGUAAGAUAGACUACAAACAAGUCCUUGCAGUAUCUUCCAUAUUCUUUUUCUGCUAGAGGCAAGUCUACUCACAUUCAUUCUUCCCCUUCCUUACCCACUACAGUAGAGGUUUCUAGGAGCAUAAUCAGAUUGUUAAGUAUGAAAAAGUAUUUCUUCUAAUUGAACAAAGAUGGACCACCUUAUUCCAGUUAAGUCACUCAAACUGCAAAGUGAGUUUAUAACAAAGCUAUGCUAUAGAUUUGAAGACAAAGAGACCAAGUCAGGUCCAUGGAAACUUACAAAGUGCUGAUGUCACAAAUAAGCUGCAAUUCUAGGAUGUAUUUGAUCCAGUUUCCCCCAAAUCAUUGUUAUAUGGGGAAAAGCAUUUUACUAUACUUUUCAAUCCAGAUUCUUGAAGUUUUCUAGUCUUUUGGUACUGUUAUCACCAAAUCUGUGUAGGGCUAUAGUUCAUCCUCCUUUUGCCUCUUGGGGAAUUCGCAGAUAGUCUUUGCUCUAGUGACACCCCAGUAUAUAGAUAUAUACUCUACCACCAUGUCCCAGACACCACAUGCAUUGUUGAGGGAGCCGUCAAGCUCUGAUUACAAGCUCACCAAUGAUGCUUUCUCCACAGGACCAUUCUUACAUGGUUUUGUUUUAAAUGAGAGAUAAUGAGAUUGUAGAGAAUUAAAUUCCACAGUAAAUUAUGACUCCCCUGAUCAUAACAUUUCAUCUUUUCUCCUGUUAAAUCCUUUUUGAAAAGAUCACCCAGUAGACUUAAGACAGACAGAGCUUCUCCUGCUUGUCUUCUGGUCGUUGUUUGAAUUAGCUGUCCACAAUCAGGACAACCAAGGCCAAGGACAUAGAUAAACCACAAGGCAAAUCAGCUAGUUAGAUAUCAAUUAUGCUAGAGUAAAAUUGAAAUAGUCAGGGAAUGAGAGAGGUGGGGAGUACUUGGCAGUGGGGAUAUGAUCAGUUUUUUUUUUUUUAAUGGUCAGUUUUUUAAAACAAAGUUUUUGCAAAUCUCAAGUUAUAAAACAAUGUUGUAAAUCUCCACCUAAGUGAAAAAGACCUAAAUAUUGGUUGGAUUAUGAUACUAUGGUUAAGGCAUUGAAAAAUUUGAAUGUGUUGGUCAUUUUCUCUAGUGUGUGGUAUAUAUGGUCUCCUAUAUUUGAUAGAAGGCUUUGCUACAUGAAAUUAAAAAGCAUCUUGCUUUUCUCAGGAACCAAAGGCAUAUUAUAUGUAAUGAAAAAAAUCCUCUUGGAACUACCAAACUUAUUUUCAAAAUACCAUAUCUAGAUCAGGUAAACAUCCUUUUGCCAGUGUGUUCAACUUAUUUAUUUCUUCUAGGGAUCAAUGGGAAGCAUGAAAGUGUAAAUCAUUUAACAUCCCUGAUAUAAUUUCUGGAAUAGAAAGAAGUGAAGUAGAUGGUCAACCUCCCAAAAUAAAUUAUAGAGUGGAUUAGCAUGGGUGGUGUACAGAAGGAAUCUGCAUUAACUGUUGGAUAAGAAUUUAUAGAAAUCACAAUAUAGAGCUUUAGUUAGUAUCCAUCUUGGAGGAUUUUAUUUUUAAACCAUCUUACCCUUUUUUCUUCUUCCCUUCUAAUUGGUUUCAUAAUAGUUUCUUUUUUUUCUGUGUAUCCACACAGAUUAAUUUUAGAGUUUAAGACAAAUGAAAACUUAUUUUCCCUAGAGUAAAUCUAGAUUAUUUCAGGUGAGAUUAUCAUCAAUUUCUGAGUGUCUAGAAUUUGCUCCCACAGAUUUUUCUUGGGGUUGUCCUAUUGAAUGACAAAGGAAGCAAAUUAACAUGAUUCACCUGUGAUUUCAGCACAAGGUUCAAAUACUUCAUUUUGCUCAUUCUUUACAUUUAUCUUAUUUCUGCUAGUAUCCCACAUAGGAUUUCUACAGAAAUGUAUGAAAUCCUGUGGACAUUGCAUGUUUAUAUCAUACAGUAUUUUACAAUAGAAUUCCAAAGAGAACCCAUGUUUGUGAGAUUUAUGGGCCAAGGUGUAUGUAUGUAUGUUUGUGGUAGAAGGAGCGUGAAGUUGCAGGUCAUACAGACUUAGUGGGCAUUUGAACUUAGGGUUACUCUCUGUGACUCAAGCCCUUACUCUGUUUUAGUAUUAGCCUACUCCCACAUAGAUACCCGUCUAGAAAGAGAUUUACUACCAAGCGGAAAACUUCAAAGUCUUAGUGCAAAAUGAACCAAGAAAUUAAAAGUGGCCUUUAAUAACUUGGUAGGUUACUUAAUUUUUUUACAAAAUAUUCCACUUAAUGCCAAAUCUUUCGGUCCUCAAAGGUAUUUAAGUCUAAUAGUCAUGCUUUAAACAUGACUUAAAUUAUGCCACCAAAAUGGUGCACUUCACAGCUUCCCCAAAUUGCAGCAUCAUAAAGUUAAUUUACAGUUUUUAUAACAUUGCUUGUGCAGUCUUACUGGUUUACAUUAAAAUCUUUUAAGCCAAAAGGAAGUUCACUUUAUGAAUUUAAAUGCAAACUUCAUUUACCGGUGCAGAAAGUGUCAUAAAACUCAGAUGUACUCCCACAAAAAUUUUAUUGACUUUUUUGUAAGAGAUGAAUAGGAAUCAACACAGUUCUCUUUAAAGAGGGGAACUAUCCUCAUUGCUAUCCCCAUUGUUAUCUUGUGUGAUGCUCCCUAUAUUUUCCUUUCAGUUGGCUUUAGGAGGGGACAUUAAGCAAAUCACUAAAACAGGGUUCUCUUUGGAUUAAAAGUUUUAAAUUUAUUGCAAGUAUUUUCGUAGACAAUUUCUGAACAUUAUUUGGUUUUAAGAUAGUAUCCUCUGCUUGCCAAACUUCUGGCAAAAUACAUGAAUUUCAAGAUGUUACAUUAUCUUUUGAUGAAUUUUUUUUGUUUUUCUUUUUAUUGUUUUUCAAUUCCUUAGACCCUCUGUAAAGGUGUUGACUAAUAUAGCUAUCAGAUGUAUUGAAGGUGAAGUUCUUUCAGAGGUCUUUGUUCCAGAUCUGUGAAGGUCACAGGAAACAUAUGGAGGCACUGAGAAACCUGCUUCUCAGGCCCAUUGUGUGGCUCAUUUCCAUUAAUUUUCCUCAUGAAACAUUGCAAAGUUCUGAAUCCUUAGUAACUCCCAUUAUCGGGACUAGAGGUAACAUGCACAGCAAAUGGGAGAGCAAAAUGUUGUCCUACAGAUAUGACAAAAUUUUAUUAGCCCUUUGGUGUUCGUUGCCAUAGCUCUGUAUUUGAAAAUCGAUGCUUUAGCCAAAAGUUGAAUGGCCACUGUUUCCGCAGUUUCCACUGUUUUGUCUGCAUAGAAUUUUCCUGAACUACAAGCAAAAAUGUGUUUUGUCAAAUGUCACAAAGUGAAGAUGUUACUACUCUUAGAUGUGUUGCAUAUUUCGUUUUUACUUUACAAACUCUUUCAAAAGCUGCAGUUAUAAAGCUGUUUGGCUGUAUUGACAGCAUGUGGUGUUUUUCGCAAAAGCAAUUCUAGGAGAGCCAGUGUCUACCUCGGACCCCUCAUAUCCCCACUCCAGGGGUGACAACAAGAUCUGAAUGGCUAUUUGUAUGCUGUAUUUUUUCAAAAGAUAAAAGGGGAUGCAAAUCAGACCUGGCCAUUAGUCACUAGUGUGUAGUACUGUGAUCUGAAGUAGGAAAUUUAACUCACAUAGAAUAAUUGUGGUUUUUGAAGCAGCUACUUUGCUUUUUUCCUUUUGCUGUGAAGAUCAUAGAUUUGGAAUGUCCUCAUGAGGUGGGCCUAAGACAGUAACAAAAACUUUCAUGUCUUAGAAUCUACCCUCCAUCUGAACCCAAAGAUAUAAAAAGGCAGUAAGCUUCAUGUUUAGGCCUAAACUUAAAAAUUUCCUCCUCUGCCCCUAAUAUUGAGUUUGGUAAGGGGUACAACUUUCUUCCCCCCAAAAGUUAUAGCCUUGAAUUAUGAAAGUGAUCACUAAAUUUGAUAAUGUAAAUUUUUACGAGAAUGGAAAUGUUCAAUUCUUUCCAAAAGGCAUGACAAUGAAAAUGUCCUUUUGCUUCAAAUUUUGCUAACCUCAAAAAAAAAUUUACAUACAAAUUCCAGAACUGAAUUAUACAAUUCCCUUAAAACCUGACAGAUAACAGUAGAUUGGGAGAGAUUUAACAAUGAUUCUGUUGAAUCAUGAAAAGGGAUUUUUGAGGGGUGUUUAUUAAAAAAAAAAAAAUCAUGCCUUAUGACCCCAUUACUGAAACACAGACAUUACAAAAUCAGAAAACAGAUCUAAUAAUUCUGAUAUCCCUCCAUUAAUGUGUUCUGGUGAUGGUGAAGAGAGAUCACCCUUUACCAGGAGGCUUUGAUCUAAACCUCAUUAGAGGGAAACUGUAAAAUUUUCAAUUAGAAACCCUCUCCAAGCUUUGUCUUGUAAGAACUAGGUUGGCCACUCCCAUUCGAAACUCUUUAUGAAGGGAGGGGGGAGGGGAAAUCAGUCUGUGGGAAUUUUCUGGUCAGGAAAACAAUUUUCUCCCCUUUUCUAAACUGGAAUAAAGACUUACUUAAAAUCUCUCGUUUUUCAUAAUUGUUUCUAAUUGAUAGAGGCAAUCCAGUAAGUCUUGACCUAGAAAUAUUGCAAAUACAAGCAAUUAGAGUAAAACUGGCUUAUUCUCCUGACCCAAACUCUAUGAAUAAUUGUUUACUUUCACUUCUGUAUGGAGGAAUUUUAAAACAGAUUUCAUUUUGUUCUGUUUAUUUUGGGAAGGUGCGUUGUGGGGAGGGUGUUCUUUCAAGUGAUUCAUAUCUCAAAACCCAUACCACUCUCAACUUUUAUUUGAUGUAUUCAAAGCUGGAAAAAAAAAAAAAAAAGCAAAACUGAACACUAAUUUGACAUGAAGCUGAAGGAGUGAGCAAGCCAGAGCUGAGAGUUUAAAUAAAGCAUGGCCUUGGCUUCAUACCACACUUUUUGUGCCUUGUAUUAUCAAUGUAAAUUCUGAAUGUUGUACAGUAAAUACUUGGAUGGACUUCUUAGAAAAGGCUGCACUGGCUUCUUUUUCAGCACAUGUACAUAUCUAUAAAUAUAUAUACAUAUAUAUUUGGUAAUGCCAAACAGCUGUGUUAUAUUGUAUUGAACAAAAUGAACAGUUUGGAUGUUUUAUGUAGAGUUUGCAAAAAAAAAAAAAAAACUGGAUGGUAACAGACUUUUCAAGAUAAAUGUACAGAAGUAAAUUGCCGCAUAUCAGUUAUUUAUGAAUAAAGAGUCUUUUAUUGACAUUUUAGGAUAUUCCAUGAGUGGAACUUUGACAUACCAAAUCCCAGUGAGGACCUGUUUCGCACACUUUCUGCCAGCCACACCCUAACAGGAGCUGGAAUGACUGCCAUGUCAAAGAUAAUUUCCAAAUACCUGUUAACAUAUUGAACCUGAUUUCUCCUUCUGGCCACAUGGAUGAGAAACUCACUUUGAAGAUGAGAUUAUCACCUCACAUUCCCACCCCACCAACAUAUACAG